AUGUUUUGCUUUCAACACAAGUAUUUCUCUGGCCUGUCGUCUUUUCUCCUAAUUGUUCGACUUCAUUUUUGUUUGUCGUUUUAUCUCGCUGACUCCAACCCAAUUUUAUCCUUCGAUAAUCAAGUCAGAGAGGUACAUCUCUACACAGAUAAUCACAGAAGAGGGAUGUAUCUGCAGAUGACCCUGGAUGGGAGAGUGUCAGGAAGUGAUGCUCAGACUCUUCACAGUGUGCUAGAGCUGAAAUCAGUGAGAACAGGGGAAAUUGUCAUCAAGGGACAUUCAUCAUCUCUGUUUCUCUGUAUGGACAGUGAAAGUCAUUUGAGGGGGCAGGGGCUCUACUCAGAGGACGACUGCACCUUCAGAGAGCUGCUGCUGGCUGAUGGAUACACUCGUUUUAUUUCCUCGCACCAUGGAUUUCCAGUGUCUCUCGCACCAAGACAUUCCCCGGAUCGUCACACAGUCUUCACCAGAUUCCUACCGCUUAGGAACACUUUGGCACGGGAGAGUGUGCCUGAACAGACGCCAAACAAUCAGAGGAGAUUCAACGUGGACUCUGAGGAUCUUCUUGGAAUGGGUCUGAAUGCUAUGGUCAGUCCUCAGUUCACAUUGGACCAGUAACAUAUAUAUAUAUAUAUACAUAGCUUUGUAUUCUAAAAAUGUAUUAUUUAUUGACCAGGGACUUGAUUUUAUUUAUUGAAUGAGUAGCUUUUGCUCCUCAAAAUGUUUUUUAAAGGUAGUAUUAUGUAAUUUAUUUAUUUAUUGUGUGUGUGGUUCAUUACUAAUGUAUUUAAAGACCUAAUCAUAAAUGAUCAGAUUUAACAGUUUGCACUUUGAGUACAUUUUUCUGUAAGACUAAGAAAUAAGUAAGAAAUGGCAAGUUUUUGUACUACGUAACUCUAUGUAUCAGUUGAGAGAAAUUCUGAAUGAAAAUAAACUUGAUGAU